UAAAAUCUCUCUUUGAUGAAAAGAAAAAUUUAUUAAUUGUUAUCAUUAUUGAAAAUUCGGUCAUCGUAUUUAUUAUCGUUCUAUUAACAAUCCAAGGGUGGGACAAAGAUGGAUAGUACUCCAAGUAAUUUUGCACAUUCAAAAUCAACCCAUCCAUUAACACGCACAUGUUCGGCUAUGAUAAAGAAUAUGAAUGAUACCUCCACUGUACAAUACAGAACAGAUACGCCCGACACGACGACGAAACGAGUGGGUUAGUGAAACUCUUCUACCCCAUUCUGGCCUUGCGCAUUAGUACUCCCCGAUAUGCCUACAAAAAAAGCUAUGAAUGGUGGAUAAAUAAUCUGCCCUGAGAUAAGAACAUUUAUGUGGAACUUCAUGUGGUCGCUUAUUUCACUCAGUAGCAUCCAAUGUGGCGUGAGCAAGAGACAGCAUUGUAUAAACAACAAAAUCGAUUUUCGGAAUAACUUUGAAUGUUUUUUCUUUUCAAUUUUAUUUUGGAACUCUACAUUACCAAAGGGAUUCUAUUCGGAUCAACUUAGGAAUUGAGCAUAAUGAGUGCUCCAGGAAAUCAAAUUGUGUGUUCGGAUGUGGCGAUUGAUGGAAGAAUGACACAAGAAAUAUCUAGUGCUAUACCAAAAAAAAGACAAGAUGUUCUUAAGUGGUACGGUUGGGGCUAUAGAGACUCACAAUUUUAUGUAGACGGGCAAACUAUAUGUUUCCAGGGAGAUAGGUAUCCAUUAAAAGGAUCUGCGUUGCCUUAUUUCACAGACUGGGUCUACCAAAAAUUUAAUCUUAAAGUAGACCCUAGCAUCCCGUUCCCAGAGUUACCAGUGGAUUUCCCAAAGCCAGUUAUAAAUGAUGAUUUCCUCAAUGAAAUAAAGUCAUCAGGAAUAAGUUUUUCAGAUCAAGGCGAAGAUCGUUUGAUACGUUGUCAUGGACAAACAUUACACGAUAUUUACAAUUUAUGGCGAAAUGCUUUUGAGAGAAUACCUGAUCUCGUAGUGUGGCCCAAAUGCCACGAUGACGUCGUAACAAUUAUUAACCUUGCUGAUAAAAACAAUGUAGUUGUUAUACCUUAUGGGGGAGGAACAUCAGUGUCAGGUUCAAUCACCUGCCCCCAAAAGGAAACGAGGAUGAUUUGUGUUUUAGACACAUCGCAGAUGAAUCGUAUGUUGUGGCUUAGCAGGGAGAAUCUUACAGUUUGUUUCGAGUCAGGCAUUGUGGGUCAGGACUUGGAGCGGGAGUUAAACAAGAUUAAUCUUACUGUAGGACAUGAACCAGACAGCUAUGAGUUUUCAACUCUCGGAGGAUGGGUGGCUACGCGAGCCUCAGGAAUGAAGAAAAAUGUGUAUGGCAAUAUAGAAGACCUUGUUGUAAAGGUUAAGAUGGUUACUCCUAAAGGUGUUCUCGAGCGCGAAUGUUCAGCGCCUCGAGUAAGCUGUGGACCAGACUUCAAUCAUUUGGUUAUGGGUUCAGAAGGAACUCUAGGAGUAGUGACAGAAGUGGUUUUAAAAGUUCGACCCCUGCCUCCAGUUAAACGUUAUGGUUCCUUAGUAUUUCCUGAUUUCGAGUACGGAGUUGUUUUUAUGAGAGAAGUAGCGAAAAGGCGUUGUCAACCAGCCAGUGUCCGCCUCAUGGACAACGAGCAAUUUAUAUUCGGACAAAGUUUGAAACCCGUCAAAGGUUGGCUGGGAAGUGCGAUUGAUUAUUUAAAAAAAUCUUACAUAACCAACUUCAAGGGAUUAGAUUUGACAAAAAUCUGUGCAGUGACCUUACUGUUCGAGGGAGAAUCGGAGGAUGUUCAGAGACAGGAGAGUUUAAUCUAUAAAAUAGCCAAAAAGUAUAAAGGUUUCCCAGCUGGAGGACAGAAUGGAGAAAGAGGUUAUAUAUUAACCUUUGUCAUAGCAUAUAUAAGAGAUUUUGCGCUGAAUCAGGAUAUUGUGGCAGAAUCUUUUGAAACAUCUGUGUCUUGGGAUCGAUGCAGUUCGGUGUGUCGAAAUGUAAAGCGGCGAGUCAAAGAUGAAUGCUCCCGAUACAAUAUCAAACACUUUUUGAUUUCUUGCCGUGUAACUCAAACUUAUGACGCUGGAUGUUGUAUUUAUUUCUAUUUUGCGUUCAAGUACACUGGUAUUCUAAACCCCGUUGAAACAUACGAAGCCAUCGAAAAUAGUGCUCGAGAUGAGAUUCUUUCAUCAGGUGGAUCUCUUUCGCAUCAUCAUGGUGUUGGGAAAAUUCGUAACAAAUGGUACAAACAAACAGUUUCAGAGGUUGGUUGCAAUCUUUACGAAGCUGCCAAAAGGGAAUUGGACCCUAAAAAUAUAUUCGCCGCAGGAAACUUACGUCCUGGAAUUGAGGAAGAAAAUAAUUUCAUUCCUUUGCUUAAAGCAAAGUUGUAAAUUGUACGCACAAAAACUAAAUAAUUUUAAACUUCUAGCCUUAAUUUUUGUAACAUGAUUUUUUUUAAACUUAUCAAAAAUGGCAUUUAAAUACUAAAUAAUAUUAAUAUUGAUUGGAAAGGGAAAGAAUGUGAAGGAGACAAUUUUGAGUAUCUUUUUUAAACGUUACUGAAUAAUU